CUUGUCUUCUCAAUCCUUUCUCCUUUCUUUCUCUUUUGUAUUUUUCUCUCCCUACUAGUCCCUACUCUAAUUUUUCUCUAUUUGCACCCCCUACUACAUUCUCUAAUCUCUUCCAUAAACAUUCUCAUUCCAACUCUAAUUAUCAUCAUAAUAACAACUCACUUACAACAAUGACACAAUCAACAACAACCUCUUCAACAUCUUCACAAGAAUCACCACCAACACAUUCCAUUCAGAAACAAAGUCCAACACGGCCCAAAAGGCCCAGAGACGACGACAACAACGACAACAACAACAAACAUCCAACUUAUCAUGGAGUAAGAAAACGAAACUGGGGAAAAUGGGUAUCUGAAAUCCGCGAACCACGCAAAAAAUCAAGAAUCUGGCUAGGAACAUUCUCAACACCAGAAAUGGCAGCUAGAGCACACGAUGUAGCAGCUUUAACCAUCAAAGGAAAAACCGCAAUUCUCAAUUUUCCUCAUUUAUCAAACAUGCUUCCAAGACCAGCAACAUCAGCACCACGUGACAUUCAAGCCGCAGCAACCGCUGCAGCUGCUAUGGUUGACUUUGAUGACCCUGUCAUGCACGUGACAAGUUGUUCUGAAUCUGAAUCUGUUGAAGAACUUAGUCAAAUUGUUGAACUUCCUAAAAUUAAUGAAGAAGAUGAAGAUGACUCAGUUGAUAGUACUUGGGUUUAUCAUCAUCCUUCUCCGUUAAUUGGGUUUGAAGGAAUUGAAUUCUAUGCUACUUUUUCUGAUGAUUUUUUGUUACCACUUUGGGAUUAAAAUCAUAUGGGUUGUUUUCAAUUUCACCAAAUGUUCUACUUGUGGAACAUUAUUGUAAUAUAUUACUUUACUACACCGUACUUUCAUACAUUGUUAUGGAACAUUUUUCUCUCUUUGCAUAAUCUUUGGUGGCUUCCUCUGUUUACUAGAAAUGAACAAUGUGAAUGUAGAAUAAGUUUUAGCCAUAAUAAAAUAAUAAUGAACUUCAAAUAUUUUUUUGUGUUUGAUA